AUGGUCUCAUGGCGGGUCGGGCUGGGGCGCACGGAGUCGGUGGACAACUACGACGGAGUUUUGGUUCCCUUGGAACAGGCGCAUCUUCACAGCCAUUCGGCGCGGGUUGGGCGAGUCGAAUUUGAGGCGCAGGACGAAAGUGUAGACGAUGAGGAUGAUGUGGGCUCGGUAAAGGAUGAUCAGGGGGAGGGCAUGCUGCUGAUGAAUGCGGCCGAGUACACCAUUGAGGGACUGAGGGCGCAGAUGAGGCAAGGCAAGCGAGGAGAAUGGACAGAUUAUGAGAUAAAAUCCAAGCUCAUCAACAAGGCGAUUCAAGAUAUUGGCAUGGGACGGUAUAAUUGGCAGCUUUUUAUCCUCUGUGGCUUUGGGUGGUUUGCCGAUAAUUUAUGGCUACAGGGCGUUUCGCUAACUCUACCGUCACUGUCAGCGGAGUUUGAAAUACCAGAAAAGACAGUCAGGUAUACGACAAGCUCCUGCUUCGUGGGUCUCUCCCUCGGGAGUUUCCUGUGGGGGAUAGGAUCAGACGUCUUUGGCCGUCGAAUCGCAUUCAACAUGACCCUGCUCAUUACGAGUAUCUUCGGCAUUCUAGCUGCGUAUGGCCGAAGCUGGGGGGCCGUGUGCUUCCUAUACGCUGCAUUUGGCUUUGGUGUUGGUGGAAACCUACCUGUUGAUGGCGCAUUAUUUCUCGAAUUUCUGCCAGACGCCUCCAGCUCUCUGCUCACGUUACUCUCCGUGUGGUGGCCUAUUGGACAGCUGGUAUCUUCACUUGCUGCGUGGUUCUUCAUUGCGCAAUGGCCUGUGAACCUCGGGUGGCGUUACUUUAUCAUGACCAUCGGCAUUAUCACCUUUGCCAUGUUCUGUAUCCGAUUCUUUCUCUUCCACAUGUUCGAGUCACCGAAAUUCCUUCUCAAUAAGGGUCGCCAGCAUGAAGCCGUUGCAGUCGUCCACGGUAUCGCCUAUCGAAAUGGUGCGAAGACGUGGCUCACCUCAGAAAUUCUUGAUCUUGUCGCGGCAGAGGAUCCUGAGCAAUCCAGUCCUAACAACCAGCGAUACUCGAUGUCCUCCGCCCCGCGAUCCAAUCUCUUCAAAGAAAAGCUCAAGGGAUUCUCGGGCGAGAGGAUACGGCCACUCUUUCAGACCAAGACGCUGGCUUUGGCUACCACUCUUAUCUGGAUUUGCUGGGCCACUAUAGGAAUGGGAUACCCGCUUUUCAACGCCUUUUUGCCCCAGUACCUUUCUCAUCACAGCGAUGACUCGCAAACUGCGGUCAUGCAAGACGAGACAUCAGCCAUAUCCGGCACCACAUAUCGUAAUUAUGCCAUCACAUCAAUAAUGGGUAUACCAGGGAGUCUUCUCGCCGCUUAUCUGGUCGACCAUUCAUCUCCUUUCUUGGGCCGCCGCGGCACUCUGGCCGGCUCUACCGUCAUCUCAGCAGUAUUUCUCUUCAUCUUUGCCGCAUACGGCACCACAUCUACCACCCAGCUCGUUUUUUCCUGCAUCGAAGCCUUUGCGCAAAACAUCAUGUAUGGCGUCCUAUAUGCCUUUACGCCGGAGAUUUUCCCAGCUCCUGUAAGAGGUGCCGGCACCGGAGUUGCCAGCUUUCUGAAUCGAUUGACGGGCUUGAUGGCUCCGCUUAUUGCGGCGAAUAUUCCUGGAGACGGGUCGACGACACCGAUUUACAUGUCUGCUGUUUUGAUCUUGGCAGCGUUUGUGGCCAUGUGUUUGAUUCCGAUCGAAACACGCGGGGCACAACGGUUAUAG